CUUCCCUCCGUUUUCAUGAAUGGAGCCCGCCGCCCCAGCGCGCAUGAGCCGCGCUCGCCCCGCCCGCUCUCCCCUCCCUCUCAAGGCGGAGCCUCCCGGCCAGCGGCCAAUGGGAGCGGCCGCCGCGCAGUGUUGUGGUCACGUGAGCCGCGGGAUGUUGUGGUUGCUGCGCCGGCCCCGCCCGGGCGGGCUCUUUAUCGCUCGGGUUGCCGGGCCCGCCUGCGCCGCUCAGCCCCCCCCUCCCCAUCGCCCCGCACGCCGGGCCAUGCCGCUGGCAAAACCUCCCUGGCUCAUCAGUUCGUGGAGGGGGAGUUCCUGGAGUGCUAUGACCCCACGGUGGAAAGCACCUACAACAAAAUGCUGGUGUUGGGGAAGGAUGAGUUCCAUCUGCAGCUGGUGGACACAGCUGGGCAGGAUGAGUACACCAUCCUGCCCCACUCUUUUGUCAUCGGCAUCCACGGCUACGUGCUGGUGUAUUCGGUCACCUCACUCCGCAGCUUCCAGGUGGUGAAGACGCUGCACAACAAGCUGUAUGAGAGCCGGGGCAAGACGCGCAUGCCCGUGGUGCUGGUCGGGAACAAGGCAGACUUGUCCCUGGAGAGCCGGGAGGUGAAGACGGAUGAGGGCAAGAAGCUAGCAGAUUCCUGGGGCGCCAUCUUCUUGGAGUCGUCUGCUAAGGAGAACCAGGUGACGCAGGGCAUCUUCACCAAGAUCAUCGAGGAGAUUGACCGGGUGGACAACUCCUACGGCGAGGAGCGCAACUGCCUCCUGAUGUGAGCCCCUUGCCCCUGCUGCCAGGGGUGCAUGCUGCUGCCCCUGCCCAAGAUUUCUUUCUGCCCGGGGGGAGAAGAGCCAUGGGCCGGUACUGCCGGCCUGGAGGAGCUACGGGUAUCCGCACACACUGUACCUCACUGGACGGCCCCCGCCCUGGGUGGCCGUUUUGCACACAGCUGUUGGCAGCAAUGAUGGGCUCCCAGCUCACACCAUGGAGCCUUGCUGCUGGGUCUAUUUAAGUUGGGUUUGGUUUGGGGGUCUCUAUUUAUAGCUGGUUGUCUGACCACGCAUGUGUGUGAGCACGGGGCCAGCGCCAGCCGGAGCCCAGUCUGCUCACGGUUCCCUGCUCCCCUGACUCGCUCUUGGUGGCCUUAAUUCUCCUGACAUGAAGCAACUUGAAGGUUGGGCUGCGCCGGGGGCCAGGCUUUUUGGGCCAUGUCUCGUGAGAGGGUGGUGCUGUCGUAGGAGCUGGGGACGGCUCAAUGGGAACGAUUAAAGCUUGUUUUGUAAGCAA